AUGAGUGAGCUUCGCCGGGAUCUGGCUGACGCUGCCCGUUCUCUUGCCUCUGCUCUUGCUCGUCUCAGCCUGGACGAUAACGACGGUGAGUGGGAGGUUGUGGUUGACCCGGCUGCCCGAACCCUUAGUGAACCCGUGCGGCACGCCGUCCCUCCUCCUUUGCCUGCAGACAUCCUCUUUCUUGCUCGUAGCCUGCCUCUUGCUUCCCGAGAAGCAAGGGCUACCCGCGCUUGGAAAGCUGGCUUUUGGGCCGGUGAGGUUCUUGCUGGCCGCUUGGAUUUUCCUGAGGCCUCUGAUCGCAUCGCUGUUCGAUCCACCAUCUACGUGGUCCUUCGUUGUGACGCCCUGCCUGGGCCGGCCUCCUUCAGGGGCUUCCGUGCGUUCAAGAACGCGGUGGGGAGAAGCCCGUAUCUUCUGUGCUGGGGCCAACGUGCCUUUCCCCUCUUUCUGCUAGCCAUGGAUUUGGUACGCGAAUUCUUGGGGGACCCCCUGGACUUGGGUGCUUUGAUCUUCUCUCCCCCUAUUGGGGAGACCGAGGAGCCUUCCGAUUUCCUGGCCCUGCCUGUGUUGUGCCAUUCUGCGGGUUUCCUCCUGGCCUUGCCUCCUGGAACUUUCUCGGAAGGGCUCUUGACUUUGGGCAAUCAAGGCGACUCGGAAGUUCAGGUCGGCCCUUCUUUCACGACUUCCGUCGCCGGCCUCGAGGAAGACGAGGCAGGCAUCAUGCAAGAGGUGUCGUUACAGGUCCCGUGUCUUGUGGUGGACCUGAAGGAGGAGCUGGCCAGCUAUCUUCGCAAGAUGGAUCCUGUGACCGAUCCGGUCGAGAGCCGGGCCUUCUUGCCGGAGCACGCCAUGGUGGUGCCACGGCACAGUGCUUUGAUCGAGGCCUCUCGGGCCUGGCUUGCCACAGAGACGGGAGAGAGAUUAGCCUUCUACAGUGCCUCGGAGGAGCCCAUUCCUCGCCGCCCUCAGCCUUCUCGGCCGAAGCGGGCUCACCAGCAAAGGUUCGUUCCCCCGCAGUCCAAGGGGCCCAUGCCAGAACAGAUGAUGCGUGCUUUGGGGGCAUCGUUGGGCCCGCCUCCUCGACUCCGCGACCGUCUGGCCGAUGCCAUCCUGCAGCAAAGUCAGGCCCUCACGCUGUUGGUGGGUCAUCUAGCCGAAGGCCGCCUUCAAGCGAAUGCAGCCUACAAGCCCGAUGCCGCGGACUUUGGACUCCAUGAAGGACGCGGGACCCUUGUUUACCAGAUACGUGGAGAGGUACGGCGGUUUGCCGGCCAGCGCGAGGCAGGGAUGAUGAUGUGGGUUUUGGCUCACAUCGGGGACUGCAUGUUGGCAGGAGACCAAGAAGGGGCCCAGGAACUGCUAGCCCUUGCCCUGGUGGCCCAGGAGCAAGCAGCCAUGGACUCAGGCAACUGGAGCGUUGCCUACCUCGAGGAGCCGCCGCCACAGCUCUUCACCGGGAGAGCCUCUUCGAGCACGAGUGCGAGACUCAAAGCUUUUGCGCCACUGUGCCCCCCAGCCUGGGGAACCACAACCCUGGCAUUUAUCAAAGAAAUAGAUGCCUUGCAAACCAGAAGGAGGGAGCUUGCCCAGAGUGCUUCGAAGGCACCGCCUGCGGGUCAGCAAGAGGAGCCAGCUCCUCCCAAGAGGAAGCCACGGUUCCCCCGUCGUCCCAAGCAAUCGCCGGAGGCCUAG